AUGCAGCCCUCCGAGACUGCGGCAUCCGCCCCAUUAGCCUACUCCGAUACUACUACUGCCGUCACCAAAAGACGUCCUAUUCCUCGAAAAGGUCAUACCAAGUCUCGAGCAGGUUGCUCUAGCUGCAAACGGAGAAGAGUGAAAUGCGACUUGACCACACCAGAAUGCGGAGCCUGCGAACGAUUAGGCCUGGAGUGCGAAUACCUGAAUAAGCCUAAACAUGGCAGUCAAAACUCAGCGGUUGUCAUCUCACGACCAUUGCGAACUGACCCGGUUAUGUUCGAUUACAAUGAUCUGAACUUCUUUCGACAUUUCCUCUUUGAAGCCUAUCCUCCUCUGCCCAUAGAUGGAUUCACAGUGUGGCAAAUGGCCUCACAGCUUUCACAUUCACACGAUUUCUUACUGCACUCUAUGCUUGGACUUGGAGCGUCUCAUCUAAGUUUACUGACACCUUCUGGGUAUGAGAAAGCGGCCUUGAAGCAUCGAGUUCUUGCAAUCAGUGCCUUGAAUAAGCACCUUGCAAAACCUGGUCUCACCAAUCGAGACGCGGAAGCAGCUUUUGGGGCGAUGCUUAACUUAACUUUUCAAUCUGCAUAUAUGAACGACGGGCUCAUAGACUUUCUCACGAUGGUCAGGGGUUGUUGGCUCGUUGGUACACAACCUUAUGUCGAUCUAGAUCAUACCAUCUUCAAGACAUUCGGGCGUGUAAGUUACCUCGAAAGAGUUAAGGCUCUAAUACAAGAUGGCCAUGAAACGAACCAUUAUCUGGACAAAGUCAUCGCCGAGGGAUUCUGUCAAAGUGUGCAGAAGCUUGGUCCGCUGUGCCAGAGCGUCGCUGAAUUAAAAUAUCUUGCCCAUAUGCAAAGAAUUGCCACCCUAGCAUCUACCAGCCCUGCAGAAAGCUACCAUGAACUCGCGUUCCUGUAUGAUGGGCUUGGCAACCUCAGCGGCAACGACUUUGCUUCAUUCAUCGACCCCACGAAUCAUGCUUCACAGCUCGUUAUCUUGCACAUCCUGGUCCUUGAGUUUGUGAUGAGCCGGAAAGCAGUCGAAGGAGACAAGAGAUCUGCGUUGGGGAAGAAAGGCUACCACUGUAGAAAAGCUAUGUCCAAGGUCUGGGUUCAGCAGAUUCUCCGAAAGCUCCCUGUUGAGUAUUACGAAUAUGGCGAGUGGCCCCUGAAGUUCAUUAACAGUCUCAAUUACUCGUUUGACGACGAAGACCAGGUCUGGAAACCUUUCUUUCUAAGCAAUGGCAGAACAGUUCUACCAGCAGGAGAGACGCUUUCUUUGGCUGUAGGAUAG